AUGGAUGAUAAUAUCAUUAGGCUUAUGCCAAAGAAAGAAUAUGUUUCUGCUUAUUCUGAAUACAUGAGAGAAAACUCUGGAGCUAACUUAUCUUCAUCCGCCAUUGCUGGUAUCGUUAUAGGAGUAAUCUUUGGUAUUAUAUUAAUUAUUCUACUUGGUAUAUUAAUUUACUAUUGUCGUCUACGAUAUUCACGUUAUCAAUCUGCUUAUGAUACAGAUGAAGCACUUGGAAAUCAUUUUCAAUCCGCUGAACAUGCAUUACAACAAAAAUAUCAUAAUCAUCCUGAUGUUAAAGCAGAAUUGUAUAUAUAA